AUGUCAGGUGAUCAGAUGCCAUUACUACCUGGUUCACCACGCUAUGAUCCUAUGAUUGGGCCUUUUGCUCAGCAUAUCUCCUUAGCAAAACCGACGGCGAAUGGCGAUGUGGACGACAAGCGCUUGAAAAUUCCCAAAGGGUGUGAUAUCUGCUGGACACAAAUUUCUGUCUCUGGUCCAAGCCAAAAACCGACAACAUUUCGAGAGAAGUUUCUCUCCCGUCGCUCUCAGAAGCGUUGCGAGAUCCUUCAUAAAGUGGAGCAGGAAAGACAUCGCUUGCUGAACGUACUCACAUCAAGAAACCUUUCCGGAUUGGACGUUAGCGGCUUCGUGACCGUGGACGGAAGCUGUGUAAGCAAAUGGAGGAUGAAAGAG